ACCCCUGGUGAAAGGGGGAGAGAGAAAAAAUACCCUGAACACAGACUAUCAAGCGUUUAGGGCUCAGACUGCUUCUGCCAUGCAUUUGCUUUUAGUUCCUGUGUUAUAGCAUGUCAUAUAUAUAUAUAUAUAUAUAUAUAUAUAUAUACGAUUACAAGCUUUUCUAUCUUGUACUUUAAUGGACCAUGUUUCUAGGUUUUACUCCGAUUUCCUGAAUUCAUACUGAGAAACACAUAAACGUAGAUUAAUUUGCCAGAUAGUUUUUAUUCAAAGCUUGGGAUUUGAGCUCACGACCUUCUGGCCAAACACUCAGCUGCUGCUCUACCCCUGUCUAUGGCCAAAAAACAUUCAAAGCACUGAGACUAUGAGGUUUUCUUUCGAGCUCUAUGUGCACUACUUGGUGCUGUUGGCUUUGAACUGUGGAGUUUUAUCAUACGGCCCUCGUCAGAGAGCUCAGAAGACGGGGGACAUCCUGCUGGGGGGCUUGUUCCCUAUACACUUCAGAGUCGCUUCCAACGACCAGGAUUUGGCUGCCAAACCGGAAUCAACCGAGUGCGUGAGGUACAAUUUCCGUGGAUUUCGUUGGCUCCAGGCUAUGAUUUUUGCAAUCGAGGAAAUCAACAACAGUUCUACUCUUUUACCAAACAUCACUUUGGGGUACAGUAUAUUCGACACCUGUAACACCGUCUCCAAAGCCCUGGAGGCGUCUCUGAGCUUCGUGGCUCAGAAUAAGAUCGACUCUCUGAACUUGGAUGGGUUUUGUAACUGCACCGGGAACAUCCCGUCCACCAUCGCCGUGGUCGGGGCUUGCGGAUCGGCGGUUUCGACGGCCGUGGCCGACCUCGUCGGUCUCUUCUACAUCCCACAGAUCAGCUAUGCUUCUUCGAGUCGCCUUCUGAGCAACAAGAACCAGUACAAGUCCUUCAUGAGGACUAUUCCGACUGACGAGUACCAGGCCAUCGCGAUGGCGGCCAUCAUCGAUCACUUCCAGUGGAACUGGGUCAUCGCGAUAGCCUCGGACGACGAAUACGGUCGUCCCGGGAUAGAGAAAUUCGAGAACGAGAUGUUCGAGAGGGACAUCUGCAUCGACCUCAACGUGCUGAUCUCUCAGUAUCUGGAAGAAGCCGAGAUUAUCCGCAUUGCAGACCAAAUCCAGAACUCCACCGCUAAAGUCAUCGUCGUCUUUGCUAGCGGGCCCGACGUUGAGCCGCUGGUUAAGGAAAUGGUGAGGCGCAACAUCACGGAUCGUGUGUGGUUAGCGAGCGAAGCGUGGGCUCUGUCGAGCCUGGUGGCCAAACCCGAGUACCUGGAUGUCAUGGGCGGGACGAUCGGCUUCGCGCUGCAGGCCGGACACGUACCCGGAUUCAAGGAAUUCCUGCAGCAGGUCCAUCCGAAAAAAUCCCUCCAUAACGAGUUCGUGCGAGAGUUUUGGGAAGAGACGUUCAACUGUUACCUGGCGGACAGUGUGAGGAAGGAGGACAGCGAGAACAGCAGCGCGGGCUUUAGGCCGCUUUGCACGGGCGAGGAGGACAUCACGAGCGUCGAGACGCCUUACCUGGACUACACUCACCUGAGAAUCUCCUAUAACGUCUACGUGGCAGUUUACGCCAUAGCCGAGGCGCUGCAGGACAUUCUCACCUGUACGCCCGGGAGAGGACUCUUCGCUAACGGAUCCUGUGCUGAUAUUCGAAAAGUGGAGGCGUGGCAGGUCUUAAAGCAGCUGAGGCAUCUGAAGUUCCAGAACAGCAUGGGCGAGCGAGUGCGUUUCGACGAGAGCAGUGAACUUUCUGCCAACUACACCAUCAUGAACUGGCACCGUUCCCCCGCGGACGGCUCGGUGGUGUUCAGGGAGGUCGGGUACUACAGCGUUAACGGCAAAAAGGGCGCCAAACUCUCCAUAGACAAAACAAAAAUACUGUGGAACGGCUAUCUGACCCAGGUCCCGUUUUCGAACUGCAGCGAGGAGUGCGAGCCCGGCACCAGGAAGGGCAUCAUCGAGGGGAAACCCACCUGCUGCUUCGAGUGUACCGACUGCUCUGAUGGAGAAUACAGCGAGUAUAAAGAUGCCAGCGUUUGUACCAAAUGUCCCAACAAUUCUUGGUCCAACGGGAACCACACUUCCUGUUUCUUGAAGGAGAUCGAGUUUCUGGCGUGGUCGGAGCCGUUCGGGAUCACUCUGGCCCUGCUCGCCGUGCUCGGCGUUCUCCUGACGUCCUUCGUGAUGGGCGUGUUUGUGCGAUUUAGGAACACGCCUAUAGUCAAGGCUUCGAACCGAGAGCUGUCCUACUUGUUGCUGUUCUCGUUAAUCUGCUGUUUCUCCAGUUCGCUCGUGUUCAUCGGCGAGCCCCAGGACUGGACGUGUCGUUUGCGCCAGCCCGCGUUCGGGAUCAGCUUCGUCUUGUGCAUCUCCUGCAUCCUGGUGAAGACCAACCGGGUUCUUCUGGUGUUCGAAGCCAAGAUUCCCACCAGCCUCCAUCGUAAGUGGUGGGGUCUGAACCUGCAGUUCCUGUUGGUGUUCCUGUUCACCUUCGUGCAGGUGAUGAUCUGCGUGGUGUGGCUGUACAACGCUCCGCCGGCGAGCUACAGAAACUACGACAUCGACGAGAUCAUCUUCAUAACAUGCAAUGAAGGCUCCAUGAUGGCUCUGGGCUUCUUGAUCGGCUACACCUGCCUCCUGGCGGCCGUCUGCUUCUUUUUCGCCUUCAAGUCGCGGAAGCUGCCGGAGAACUUCACAGAGGCCAAGUUCAUCACCUUUAGCAUGCUCAUCUUCUUCAUCGUCUGGAUCUCCUUCGUCCCAGCCUACUUCAGCACCUACGGGAAGUUCGUCUCUGCUGUGGAGGUCAUCGCCAUCCUGGCGUCCAGCUUCAGCCUGCUCGCGUGCAUCUUCUUCAAUAAGGUCUACAUCAUCCUGUUCAAGCCUUCCAGGAACACCAUCGAGGAAGUUCGCUCCAGCACAGCGGCACACGCCUUCAAAGCGGCUGCGAAAGCCACAAUGAGGCGAAGCUCCGCCUUCAGGAAGAGGUCCAGCAGCGCGGGAGGGUCCACCGCCUCUUCGCCAUCCUCGUCGAUCUGCCUGAAAGCCAACGAGAAUGAGACAGCCACGCCCUCCGGGCAGAGGCGGAGCCAAAGGCCCAGGGUGAGCUUUGAAAGCGGGACGAUGAGUCUGUCCAUCGCUUUUGAGGAGGCGCGAAAAAACUAAACGCACCCGCGAGACGCUGCUGAAAUCACGAAAACAUCAAAUCACGACGAAAUAUCUACACUCGGUAGCUGGUUUAUCAAGUCUAUCCACCCUGCAGAUCACUUACUAAGUAUACAGUUACCAACUACAGCUCUUCUGUCGUACUGUACAAAGUAUUGGCACCCCGCCCACCGAACAGGUAUUAUUUGGGUGAACCGUCCGUUAAAGGCGACAGUCGGGAGUUUCUGAUGAACAUGAACAUAAACAAUACAAUUAAAGCUAGUAAUUAAAGUACAACAGUUAUAAGCAAAUGCUUAUGACUUUGUCUCGCAUCUACAUUUCAUACUGUUAACUGCAUCGUGUUGUUUCCAGAUCAUGCAAAUGAUGUGCUUAAAUGUGUGCAACAAUUUCUGUAAAUCCUGUACUUUAUAAAUCAUUAUAUUUCAUUAUCUCUUGUUUAGAAUUUAAUAACGAAUUUCUUUAGAAAUGGUUCCAGUUUUUAAAAAAAUAUCUUUUAAUACAAUUUGAAUGAAAAUACAAUGUGAUAUAUAAAACUCGACAUAACCGGUAAAAUAUCGAUUAUAUCAAUCGAAUCACGUCACGUCCAAACGACUCUAAAUCACAGGAAACUGAAUUAAAUGGAACUUCGGAACGGAUCCAAGGGGCACGGUGGCUUGGUGGUUAGCACGUUUGCGUCGCACCUUCGGGUUUGGGGUUCGAAUCCCCUCUGCCGAGUGUGCAUGUUUUUCCCUGUGCUUCAGGGGUUUCCUCUGGGUACUCGGGUUUCCUCCUCCGGUCCAGCGACGUGGGUUGUAGGUUGAUUGGCAUCUCCAAAUUGUCCGUGGUGUGUGAAAGUGUGUGUGGAUGUGCCCUGCGAUGGAUUGCGUCUUGCGGGCCUUGUGUUUGCAGGGACAGGCGGUAUGGGAAAUGGACAGACGGUUGGAAGGAGGAUACGCAUCCGGAGUACACGGCAUUAUGUUAAAUAGGUACUUUUGUUAGGCUGGUAAGUUAUGCUUAAUCAUACACACAGUUUUAAUGCUUUAUGACUGCAGGAUUUAUAGAACGUGUUGGUCACGUGUUUCUUUGUCAGAAACAACUUUUUUGUUUUUAUCGAGCAGAAUUUCGGUUAAGAGUGUAUUAAAAUGUCGAGACUCAUGGACGAUAUAAACUCUCCUUGACUUCAUGUGCGUCUGUGUGAUGAUGAUGAAAUUCAUCGGUCCCCAGCGAAUCCUCAUCUCGUAUGUAAAUAUGUCUCUUCGGUAUGGCUUUACGUCUGUGUUUAAUGGAGUAUUCAUGCCCGAGGCCAAACCUGGAAGAUAAAUAAUGAUAAACAGCAGGGCCGGUCAAUCCGUUAGUCGUCUCAGGCAGCCGGCCAGGGCAUUACCAUAUUUGAGGCGCCGUCCUAUGGCGUUAUUUUUGUGUGAAACUUGCACACGCAAGAACAAUAUUUUGAGCGCACAAAAAGGGUAUUUCGAAAGCAUGCUAAAAAUCCGGGCGCGUUAUUAACGCUCGCACGUGCGGUGAAUUACGACUGAGAGGAAAAUAGAUGUUCACACGGGGAAAGAACUCGCAUACGUGAAUUCAAUACUUUUUGUCAGCAGUGGGCGGGCCCAACUGGCUUGAUUGUAGCCUCAAAUAUCAUUGGCUAACUCAUUUUCCCAGAAAUCAGUUCUUACUGCCCGCCUGCCACUGUGGCGAACCUUUGGGAAGUUACCCGUUCUUUCAUGCGAAACACGACUUCAUCCACGGACUCUCUUCAUACGAGUCAUUUGUUGAUCGUUUUUGAUUGAUACCCUUGCAACAUGCUACAUUACGUAAUAUAAAUAUACUGUAUGCAAAUAAGGGUAUCCCUACCAGUUGUUUAUAGACAGAAAGUGUUCUACCAGUUUGCAUUUUUGGGAUGUUAAUAGACAGCGAUCCAUCCAGCUGAUAUCAUCAUAUGUCUAAUCAUUCAUGUAGUUAGACUCUUCAUAAUUAAUUGUGAGCCCCCAGAUAAUAAAUCACUGGCUUAGCGACAGGUGGUGAGUUUACUGACUCGAAGACACCGACUCCAACGUUGGUUCAAGGGGAUGAAAUGUACAGUUGCGGUCGGAAGUUUACAUACACUCAUCAUGAGCACGAAUGUCGUGGCAAUAUUGGGAUUUUUCUGGGGCAGUAUGAUUGUACAACAUCAAUUAUUAAUUAUAAUAAAAAAGGAAGAAUUUGGUUCACCAGUUUUAAUUUAUUUGGGGUUUUCUCUCGCUUGACUGUCGACAGUGACACUGAUGUUGCAGAAGCUUCCAGUUCAUGGCAGCCCAGUGCCUUGGUGGUUCCUGGGUUUUUCCUGACCAUCCAGCUGAGGAUGACCAUUUGGGUCUUCGUAAAGACCUCGGCACCUGGCUACACUUCCCAAUAACUUGUACUUACGUACAGGUGUAUGAACUGAUGAUCUUGGAAUCUGCACUUGUUUAGAAAUGCCUCCAAGAGACCUUCCUGACUUGUGUAAAUCCACCAUCGUCUUUUAGAGAUCUGCACUGUGCUCCUUGGACUUUCCCAGAGUACUGUGUUUCGUUCAAUCCAACGACUGCUAUCAAGCACAUCCUUUUUAUGUUGGCACAGAGAAGCUGCCAGCUGCAGUUAAUCAUGAUCACUAACAGGACAUUUUGUAACUUUCAGAACCGCUGAGUCAAUAGUCAGUGUUUGUAUGUAUAUUUUUGACCCUGUUUGUAUAAUUUUGGCCCUGUGUGGAUUACAGAAAACCCCAAAUGAAUUAAAACUUGUGAACCAAAUUGUAUCAUUUAUUUAUUAAAGAUGUAUGUUGUACGAUCAUUCUGCCCCAGAAAAAGCCCAAUAGUGCCACGACAUUCAUGUCCGUGAUGAGUGUACGCAAACUUCCGACCGCAACUGUAAAUAACUAAAGCGUAUAAAUAAGCACGCAGUAUACUAAUUCUAGUGAAAGGUCAUUUUGGUUAUAAGUCAUAUUGCUAUCUUGUGGGAGGGGAGAUUUGUCGAUUGUGUUUCAUGAUGAUGCUUUCUGUGACCCACAACUCUACCUUUCAGCAGGAAAGCAGAGCUUAAACUGUAUAUACUGCACAUGGGGAAAUUUCGCCUUUUCACAGCCCUCUGUUACUAAGCCAGUGAUUUAUUAUCCCAGGGCUCACAAUUAAUUAUGAAGAGUCUUACUACGUGAAUGUAAAUACAGUAAAUUUGUGUUUAUAUUUUUUUGUGGUUAUAUCUAUCCACGAUGGCUAUUUAUUUUUUAAAAAACAACAAUUAUUUUAUUAUUUUUUAUUAUUGAAGUCAAUAAAAUAUUAUCGAGUGUUGUAUUUUGUGUGUGAGUUGUAAUGUCUGAGGUGUUUGUAAUGACUAUAAUCUUUGUAUAAAUAUUUUAUUUUAUUUUAUUUUAUUUUUUUUGCCUGUUGGUGUGUAAUUUCCGGAUGCAAGUUUCCUCUCUUGAAAUGUCUACAAAAAGCUAACUCUAUUUCAAACGGUUCUCUCAAGCUCCUGGCUACGUCAGCGUUCCUUUCUUGCACGCGACCAUUGCGCUGAUGUCCAAUUGGUUCAUUCGCCGAAGGAGGGGUGAUUGUGAUCCCGCCGAUCC